AUGGCCUCCGCCGGAGCCCGCCUGCUGCUCGUCUGCGCCAGCCUGCUGGCCGCCGCCGCCGCCUCCACCGCCGGCCUCGGGUCCGGGGACCCCGCAGAGCCCGCGGGCCCCCUGGAGAGCUACGCGAGUCCCGCCAGCCUGCCGGAGCCUGCCGCUGGCGGGGAGCCCACCCUGAGCCCCUGGGAAACCUGGAUGGCCUUCCUCCGGCACAGCGACAAGGGCGUCAACGCCAAGAAGAAGCACAGAAGCAAAGGCAGGAAGUCGAAGCUCGGCCUGCUGGAGCCCUCAGAAUCCCCAGUCCCCUCGAGCUCCCCCAGCCCCCUGCUCUCAUCAGAGGAACUGAUGAAGGAGUUCCGGCAGCUGUUGAAAGGUUUGGUGCCGCAGGACGAGCACGCGGAGCAAGGCCCGGCCCCAGAGGACGAGGAGGAGCCGGAGGCCAGCACGGUGGUGGUGGUGCGGCUGGCCGAGGUCCUGGCCUCGAGCGUGCGCACCGUGGAGGCCGCCUUCCAGUGCCGCCUGCGCCAGAACCUGUCGGUGGAGCGGCGCUCGCUGCAGGAGCUGGGCGGCUACUACCUGCCCGACGGCGAGGGCGCCUUCCACCGCGGCCUGGGCCUGAACCUGACCAGCGGCCAGUACACUGCGCCCGUGGCGGGCUUCUACGCGCUUGCCGCCACGCUGCACGUGGCCCUCCCGGAUCACCGGCGGCUGGACCUCAUGCGCCCCCGGUUCCGGGACCGCCUGCGCCUGCUCAUCUGCGUCCAGUCCCAGUGCAAUCUCAAUGCCUCCCUGGAAACGGUCAUGGGUCUGCAGAGCAGCAGUGAGCUCUUCACCAUCUCCGUGAACGGUGUCCUGUAUCUGCAGACGAGGCAGUACGCUUCCGUCUUCCUGGACAACGCCAGCAGCUCCGCCGUCACCGUGUAUGGCGGCUCCCAGUUCAGCGCUGUCCUCCUUGGCAACUGAGCGGAGCUGCCAGGCAGACCGAGCUGGGUCCCAGCGAUCCCUCGGCAGUGCCGGAGUGGCAGAGGCCACAUGCGGGAAGAA